UUAUCUUUGGGAUUACCUCAUCGGAGAGGACCGGAGAGCCUUCCUCUCCUUCUCUCCCUCUCUCUCCCUUCUCGGAGCUGCAAGUUUGCAGCCGGAGGAAGGAGCUGGGAUGCGGUUCCAGCCCUUCCCGAGGUGAUCCGGGGAGAUCCGGGCAGGUUUCCCUUCCCUUCGGAAAUCCUCCCGCAGCACGGCAGAGGCUCCGCGGGGUUUAUUCCCACCGCGAACAAUGCCCGAGUGUUUGCACACACACACAGAACCCGGCCCUGAGACAAAUCAACUUCAAUUCGUACACAGGAAAAUCCAUUCCAGCCCCGGAAUCCAAGAGUUAACGAGCUCACGUGUAAUUAAUUCAUAACUACGUUAGCGUGUGUUGCAUGUAAUGCUCAUAACCGUACAGAAAUAAUAGGAAUAUGACACGAAUAUACCCGCACACCUCACAAAUAUUCGCACACAGAUGAAUUCUGCCCUCGGUUCAGGAUUAUUUUCACCCAAAACAAAGCCAAUUUCAUUUUUUUCCCGACCUCCACAAGAACAGAACCACAGCAAACCACAGCCACCCUCCAGCUACGGCACCGCCAAGAGAAUUCCAUCCGCAUAUCCGCACGUUUUGGGCACGGAUGGCUUUGGGAUGCUCCGGGCUGGCAUCCCCGGGGAUGCUGCCCAGCCUCACCCGCGGGACUCCAGCGAAUUCUUUGGGGAGGGGAGAUCCUGCCAAGCAACUUCAGGAGGCGCCGGGGAGGGCUCGGCCGGCGGAGAAGAGAAGGAACAAAAGCCCGAGCGGUGCUCAAUAGGACCGCGGGUGCGGGGCUGCUCUGCCCUGGGGACACCAGCGAGGUCCCUGCAGGGGGACAGGACCCUCUACAGGGGAACCAGGACCCUCUACAGGGGACCAGGACCCUCUACAAGGGGACCAGGACCCUCUACAGGGGACCAGGACUCUCUGCAGGGGGACAGGACCCUCUGCAGGGGGACCAGGACCCUCUACAGGGGAACCAGGACCCUCUACAAGGGAACCAGGACCCUCUGCAGGGGACCAGGACCCUCUACACGGGACCAGGACCCUCUGUAG